UCGUUUUCAUUUUGUCGAGUGUGUUUUUCAGCAAUUGUCGUAGGUGUGUGUCUGAACGGACAAAAUGCUCAGCACCAAAGCUGUAAGGACCUGCUUUGGCGUGAUAAAUAGUCGUAUCCGCCGGCGUCUAGGUAGAGUAUCUUUUAUUAUAAAUACGAGGCUCCAGCACGGUCUGCCUGACCAUGGGGCGGGGCCUCCUCGGCCCUUCCGUCCAGAGACCGCCUCCUCCAGGACCCUGAUGGACAUCGGCACACGCAGGAUCUUCUCCGAGGAGCACGACCUCUUCAGGCAAAGUGUACGUCGCUUCUUUCAGGAGGAGGUGGUGCCACACCACAGCGAGUGGGAGAAGGCAGGCGAAGUGAGCAGGGAAUUGUGGGAGAAGGCGGGAGAACAGGGGCUGCUGGCCAUUUUCAUCCCGGAGGAGCAGGGCGGGAUUGGGGGUGACCUGUUGUCCGCGGCAGUGGUAUGGGAGGAACAGAUGUAUUGCAACUGCAGCGGCCCUGGCUUCGCCCUGCACUCUGACAUCAUCAUGCCGUACAUCAGCCACUACGGCACCAAGGCCCAGGUGGAGCGCUACAUCCCCCAGAUGGCUGCUGGGAAAUGUAUCGCGGCCAUCGCCAUGACUGAACCCGGAGCCGGCAGUGAUCUCCAAGGUGUGCGGACAUACGCCAAGAGGGAUGGCAGUGACUGGAUCCUCAAUGGAAACAAGGUGUUCAUUUCCAAUGGUUGGAUGAGCGACGCUGUUGUCGUGGUGGCGGUAACAAACCCGGAGGCAAAGAUAGCGGCUCACGGCAUCAGCCUCUUCGUGGUCGACGCUGGGACAAAGGGGUUCCACAAGGGCCGCAAGCUGGAGAAGAUCGGCCUCAAGGCGCAGGACACGGCUGAGCUUUUCUUCGAGGAUGUUCGUCUCCCGGCCGACGCCCUCCUAGGGGAGGUCAACAAGGGCUUCUACUACCUCAUGAACGAGCUGCCCCAGGAACGUCUGGUGAUCGCAGCCAUGGCCAUCGCCAGCAGUGAGUUCAUGUUUGAGGAGACCAGGAACUACGUGACCCAGAGAAAGGCCUUUGGGAAGACCAUCGCCCACCUGCAGACGGUUCAGCACAAGCUGGCUGAGCUGAAGACGGAGAUCUGCGUGGGCCGGGCCUUCGUGGACAACUGUCUGCAGCUGCACACAGAGAAGAAGCUGGACUCCUCCACCGCCUCCAUGGCCAAGUACUGGGCGUCUGAUCUGCAGAACCGGGUCGCCACGCAGUGCCUGCAGCUCCACGGCGGCUGGGGCUAUAUGUGGGAGUACCCCAUCGCCAGGGCCUUUGUUGACUCCCGGAUCCAGCCCAUUUAUGGGGGCACCAAUGAGAUCAUGAAGGAGCUGAUUGCCCGCAGCAUCGUCAGUCAGAAGUGAGGCCCAAGAGACUGAGGCCCCUCCCUUUGACUGGCAUAAGGCUCGUUUCUGUGGCUCUGCUCCGGGCAAAGAUCAGCUUUACGCAAGCAGAUCUGACUGGAUGUUGACAUGGUUUUGAUAACGCUGUGGGGCGGACACAAAUCAAACCAGUGUUGCCUUCCUGGAAAUAAUCGAGCCUAGCUGGACAGAUUAAUUGCAGACUAAAGAAAAAAAUGUAAAAAGGUAAAAGUUUCUUCAGGUUUUAUGGUUUUAUGUAGAAUAUGACUUUUUGUCAGCUUGUUUUUUUUAACAUUGUGCAGUCUAAAUUAUAUUUUAGCAAUUAUUUGAUAAUUCAACCAUGUUUUUUGGUUUACUUUGUUAUUGAGAUGAGGUACUACAGUAUUCUCUCUAGUUCAGUGUUUUUCAACCUUGGGGUUGGGACCCCACGUGGGGUCCCGCGGAAUUCAAAUGGGGUCGCCUGAAAUGUGUAGUAAUUGAUUACAUUUUUUUUUUUUUAUCAAGCCUUGUAGCUUACCUAACUGUACAUGUAUUUCCUGAUCAGGGAAAAUAAAAUGUCACUUUGUGCACUAA